AUGGUUGGUGUUCCGAAAAGCACUGGGUGCCUCAUCUGCCGCAAGAGGAAGAUUAAGUGCGACGAAAGUUGGCCGACAUGUCUGAAUUGCCAGAAGAAUGGAAAGCAAUGUCCAGGAGCCCCCGCGCGACACACGUUCAGAGAUCUCGGGCAUAGGCUGAGUGGAGGCGCCACACACUCCUCCGUCGAAGAAACUGCAUCACCAGAUCCGGACAGACAAUUAACACAAUUGAACGAGAAGUUUGCCGACAAUGGGUCCGUCACCCACAAAUUCAGGAUAUCGAACAAGAGUUCAACACCGCGGAAGCGGUCUCCACGAUCAAGUUCAAUCAGCUUAUCUCCACCUAAAUCGCCCUUUCUGAGGCAACCGUCGCCAUCACAGCAUCAACAACUCGCACGCUCCUUGAUCGCAGCUACCACAACAGGUAGUACCGGGCAUCGCAUGUCGGUAUUUGGUCGGUUUAUCCAAGAAGUACCAGCUAGGAUCGGACACAAUGCUGCCCUUGAUGCAGCAGUGACAGUACUGGUGAAUGUCCAUACCUCGCUUGUAUACAAGAAGACUGCAGACGAGAUCGUUUCGCCAGAGCUUUAUAUCCGGGCUAUCAAAACGCUCCAGGGAUGCCUCGAAAGCCAGCAAUUAGGCAUGUCGCCCAAUACUCUCUGCGCAUCAAUACUUCUCGGUCUUGUAGAAGCAUUCGCAGGUCCAAGAACAGGCAACCGAUAUUUGACGCACGUGGGCGGCGCCGGACGAUUAAUGGAAUUACAAGGGCCUUCUAGAUACACGGACAGUUUCACGAAAGAGAUGUUGCGCUUCAAUAGAGGCGGGAUAAUUAUUACGUGCAUAUACGAACGAAAGCCAUGUUUUCUCGCAUCGCCUGAAUGGCGAGAUAUCGCUUUCGACAAGACCGGGCUUGGUUUCGACGACUGCCUCAAUACCGACUUGAUGCAAUACAUGGCCGAGUUGCCGGGUAUCUUCAAUACGUUGAAAGAGUUGGACGAAACUUACACCCUACAACCGCUCCACACUUCGAGCUUUGAGUUCAGCUCCAACGGCGAACUAUAUAAACCGUUGAUCGACACGCCCCCGUCACUUGACUUCUCCACCGACUCUUUCGACGAUAUUGAUUUUCAAGAAGACAUACGGCCGGUCAAAACAUCGUAUCCAAUCAGCUCAAAUCCAUACACAUCUCAAUACGAAUCUGUACGGACGGCACUUCUGUACAAGGUAUAUGAGCUCAAAGACGCACUUCGCAGUCUAGGCGAACACAUGAACACGAAGCUCACAAACGGCAUCGCCGUCUCCGAAACACCGGCAAGAGAAAAGGGCAGUCCCAUACAAACGACCUACCAUUUCAACAAUUGGCGCGACAUGACCGCCUACAACUGCUUCUGGUCCGUUAUCAUCUUAACGAACAAAGUCCUAAUGCGCCUCCUUUCUCCCUUCGACCAAGCGCGCUAUCAACUCCAAUCCGAAUGCCGCUGCGCCGCCGUCGAGAUCUGCAAAACAUGGGAGGACGCUUGGGCCAGUAGACCCAUCGGCGCGUUUCACACUGGCUUGAGCUUUGUUGUGGCAUACGAAUUCUGCACACCGGAAGUCCAGGCAUGGAUAGUAAGGAGCUUGAACUCUCUUCUAGACUACCACCAGGUUGAUGCGUUUCGUUGGUCCGAUGAGGUUAUUGUUAGUAUGGCUGAGAAGCUUGCAGGCGAGGGGCCGGCGGUUGCGUUUUCGAAUGUUAGGGUUGAGGGGGAUGCGCGGUGA